CUUAAUAAAACAAAUGAUAUUAAUAUGCAUAAACCACCAACGAUUGUACUUGCACUUAACGGGGAUUUAAUUACCAGCGCAUCUACAAAUGCUACUGUAGGAAUGAUGGGAAUGGGCACCCAUAGAAAAGUUAAGGUGAAUAUACCAAUUAAACCUGUGAUAGUGUUUGAAAAUGAAAUCGAAGGGUUAACAGCUACAAACCAAAUAUAUCCUACAGUGCAAAGGGCAAUUGCAGAGAAAGAGGAAAUUUUGAAAAUGAACGCUAAGAAAUACUUGUGA